AUGCCACAGAACCCUCCUCUACGCGACAAAGAAGCCGCUCAGGUUGCCGCGAAUGUCGGCAACGAAAGGUUAAAUGCGAUGAGACCUAUCCUGUGUGUCAGCGCUGCCAGCGGCGAGGGUCGCUCUGAUAUACCUCUCGUGCCAAUUGUAGACAGCAAGGUUGAUGUUCGGUUGAUGCGCUACUGGCUUGUGGCAACCAGUCAGAUGUUGUCUGUCGAUUCCAGCAACAACCCUUUUUCAUUUCCAAUCCUCAGAUAUGUUACCGCUUCGCCGUCUCUGGCCCACUUGCUUCAGUCCGCUAGUGCAGCACAGGAGGCAUACUUUUACCAGCCUAAAAUGUCAGUGAGCCUGGAAAAGCGAGGCCAGGCACUUUCCGCUUUGCGACAAGAACUCCAAACCCGAAGUAGCUCCUUAUCACAUUGCUUCCUGACCCUUCUAAUGCUCGGUAUGUCCUCAUCGUGGAUGACAGUGGGCCCCACGGAUUACGGAAGGGAGCACCUUGUCGCCGCUCGAGCCGUAGCGGACAUGAUUCUGAAAACGAGGGAUUCAAAAAUGGAGGAGCUAGAUCACCUCACGAUGGGUAUUUAUGUCUACUGGGAUAUGACUUGUUCCUUUUGUCUAGACCCCGUAGAUCACCUCAUUGAACGAGACAACUCCCUCAAGAUGUACGUGAAGCAGGCUCGUCAUCAGUUCCACCCUAUCACCACUCACUCGAUAGACCUGUAUCAUCUCCUCGGACAGAUCAGUCGGUACUGCCGGAUGACGGUGGAUGGAGGCGGUCGUAAUCUCGUCCUUGAAGCAUAUUCUGAGAAGAGCUUGAACGAAUACAAGUCCAUCGAAAGCGACGCAACGGCCCAGUUGCUCACUGAAGCCUUUCGAAAACAUGGCCUUCUUCUUCUUUAUCGCUUCUGUGGGAAGCCUGGGUUCUGUGAAAUUACCACCCCCGUUCUGGCGGAGACUGGGCACUAUAUACAUCAGCUCGCACUGGAUAUCGUGGAACUGAUCUUGCAAGUCAAGUCCACUUCACCUUAUCUAAACCUCCAGACGGUACCACUGUUGAGUGCAGGGGCAGAAAUGACAUUGUGUGACGCACUGCAACGCAAUCAGAUCCGGCAACGACUGAAAGAGGUAUAUUCGACGAAUCGCUUGGUGUCCACGCUGUGGGUACUGGAGCUUUUGGAAGAGUUAUGGGGAGUUCACGAUACGGGGAGCACACAUAUCACGUGGCUGGAAUUAAUGCUGAACAAGAACUGGCGGUUAAGGGAGGGCUAA